AUUAAUCAGCGCGAGACAUGAGAAAACCCACUGCAUAUAAAUGACAGUCACUCAGAGCAAGUGAUCUUUGCUUUCCUCUGGGGCCCCUGAGCUCAGAGCAUUGGACUGAUUGAUAUGUAAACAAACCCAUUAGUUCACGCAUGUGCCCCUAAUUGCGGAAUACUUCUGAGGAGUCUUGUUGCAGUGGCUACACACAAAGAAUGGGCGUGAGUUGUCCCUCGAAAGGCAGCGCAGAGACUCGUGCGUUUUUUGCACCAGCGAUGUGAGCGCUCAGUUCACAGUCUGGAAGAGACAGUGAGCACACCAGCGGCAUGGAUAACACAGGAUUUCUUGCGACAGUUAUCUGAAUACUCUCCCAAAAUCAACUAAGACGCACAGGAGGGAGGGGAGUCUCAGCCGGAGAGAGUCUGAGUGCGUCUGUGUGUCAGAGGGUGUUUCAGAGAGUGAGGGAGCAUCACACCACAGAGGAAGAGAGAGGGGAAGAGAGAAGGGACCAAGUUUGGACCAGGUGAUCGAGAACCAACAAACCUCCAAGGGGCUGCUGCCGGGUUUUAUCAUUGUAUACGGGAUCAGCGAUCCAACCAUGGUGCCAGCGCGCUACCCAGGACGCUGUGCCAUCCUGGCACUGGCCCUCCUCUUGGGAUGCGGUGUGGCUCUCUGCCUCGGCCAGAACGAUACAGAGCCCAUCGUGCUCGAAGGAAAGUGUCUUGUGGUGUGCGACUCGAACCCUUCUUCGGAUGGAGCGGUCACUUCCUCACUUGGCAUUUCAGUCCGCUCCGCUGGGGCAAAAGUGGCUUUCUCUGCCGUGCGCGGAACCAACCACGAACCAUCAGAGAUGAGCAACACGUCAAUGACCAUCUACUUUGACCAGGUUUUAGUCAACAUCGGCAACCAUUUCGAUCUCAAAGCGAGUGUUUUCCAGGCUCCAAGAAGGGGGAUCUAUAGCUUCAGCUUUCACGUGGUGAAGGUGUACAACAGACAAACCAUACAGGUGAACCUGAUGCAGAAUGAUUAUCCGGUUAUAUCAGCCUUCGCCGGUGACCAGGACGUUACAAGAGAGGCUGCCAGUAACGGAGUUUUGCUGAUGGUUGAACGGGACGACCGGGUCUAUCUGAAGCUGGAACGGGGAACCCUCAUGGGCGGAUGGAAAUACUCCACCUUCUCGGGCUUUCUAGUCUUUCCUCUAUAAUCUAAUCUGCGAUGGGCCGACGUCGCACGAGACUCUUCUUUAGGUUGAAGAACAAAAACAACAACGACAAAAAACGAAAAACAAAAAAACAUGCCAUUUAUUUUUAACUUAAAUAACUGUCAGCCAAGGAAGCCGACGAAUAUCUGUAUACCUACACUCGUCCACUAUCUAGUCAAAUAUGAACGUUUCCUUGGAGUUUCAAAUAUCCAAACCCAUCAGUCAACUUUAACGCAAUGGAUGAUUAAACGUAUCGAUCGGCCAGUGGCGUGAUCUUGGCGGGUCCGUGGAUUUUUUCCUCGCUGGGAAAACAAACUUGGUCGACGGACGAGCGGGUGCACCUUGGAAAAAUGGACAAGGGAGAAGACAAGAAAUGGAUGAACUGAUGUCCUGGACAGGCCGAGUGUGUUAUGCUCUAUUUUAUGUUUGUAUAGCCUUAAAGAAUAUACGGUUUCCGUCCAAGUGAAGUAUAUGGAAUUAAGGACAACCACAGAAGAAGUGCUUUCACGCCCAAGGCAUUUUUUGCACGAAUGGAAGUUUUUUCCUUUAUGUUUUGUGCUGUCAAUGGUGUUGCGUUUGGAUGCUGAACAUAUUGAAAAUAAGCCAAAUGUAGGCCGCCGACGAGUUUAUUAAAA